AUGGAGGCGCCGCGGGCGCGCCCGCCGCCGCCGUCGUCUCCGCCAGUAGCAGCAGUAGCGGAGCGGCGGCACGGAGCCAUCGCGCCCGCGCACGGCGUGAGGAGGAAGAGGAGAAGGAGAAGGUGGAGGAAAAGCGGCGGAAUACACGCGCUGGGGACACAACAAAGGGGCAGGUGGCCGCGGAGGGAACGUGGUGCCUCCGCCGCCGCCACCGGAGAAGAAACGCGGAAGGGAAGAGGAAGGAGCGAAGGAGGAUGGGAGGGAGAGCGGCCGCGUUGCCGCGCAGCCCCGACCGGCGGCGGCGGGAGGCCGCGGCUGCUCUUGGGCGCCCCCGGUGAAGGCAGCGGGAGCGCGAGCGGCGUCUUCCCGCUGCGGGUUCCUGUCAGGGCGGGUGCCUCCGCCGCGUCCUCGCCAACCCCAAGCGGGUGCGUGGAGGCGGGAGUGCGCCCGGCUGCUGGCGGCUGCAGGCGGGGAUGGGCACGGGCACGGCUGGCACUGCCCGAGCCGCUGCCGAGCCAACAGCGAGCGGGGCAGGGACAGUGCCGGGCAGAGUCACACUGCCGCACUGACACUGUCACCUCGGGACGGGCUGCAGAGUUGCGGGGGAGAACCUUAGGGAGUUCAGCCAGGGCAGGUGAGUUUUUCAUCAGCAUGUCUGAAACCAUCAAGUACAAUGACGACGAUCACAAAACUGUCUUCCUGAAGACCCUCAACGAGCAGCGCUUGGAAGGGGAGUUCUGUGACAUCGCCAUCGUGGUGGAGGAUGUCAAGUUCCGAGCCCACCGCUGCGUCCUGGCUGCCUGCAGCACCUACUUCAAGAAGCUCUUCAAGAAACUGGAGGUGGACAGUUCGUCGGUCAUCGAAAUAGACUUCCUGCGCUCGGAUAUCUUCGAGGAGGUUCUCAACUACAUGUACACUGCCAAGAUCUCCGUCAAGAAGGAGGAUGUCAACCUGAUGAUGUCCUCGGGCCAGAUCCUGGGCAUUCGGUUCCUGGACAAACUCUGCUCCCAGAAACGUGACGUCUCCAGUCCCGAGGAGAACCCCCAGGCCAAGACCAAAUACUGCCUGAAAAUCAACCGCCCCAUGGGCGAGCCCAAUGAGGCCCCAGACGAUGAGGUGGAAGAGAUUGGUGAUCACGAUGACAGCCCCUCGGAUGUGACGGUGGAAGGGACUCCCCCCAGCCAGGAAGAUGGCAAAUCCCCAACUGCCACCCUGAGGGUGCAGGAGGCCAUUCUCAAAGAGCUGGGCAGCGAAGAGGUUCGCAAAGUCAACUGCUACGGCCAGGAAGUGGAGCCGAUGGAAGCGACGGAGUCGAAGGACUUGGGAUCGCAGACCCCUCAGGCUCUGACCUUCAACGACGGCAUAAGCGAAGUGAAGGACGAGCAGACCCCGGGCUGGACCACGGCAGCCGGGGACAUGAAGUUCGAGUACCUGCUGUACGGCCACAGGGAGCACAUUGUGUGCCAGGCCUGUGGCAAGACCUUCUCGGACGAGGCGCGGCUGCGGAAGCAUGAGAAGCUGCACACCGCCGACAGGCCUUUUGUCUGUGAGAUGUGCACCAAGGGCUUCACCACCCAGGCUCAUCUGAAGGAGCACCUGAAGAUCCACACUGGCUACAAGCCCUACAGCUGCGAGGUGUGCGGCAAGUCCUUCAUCCGCGCCCCGGACCUCAAAAAGCAUGAGAGGGUCCACAGCAACGAGCGGCCCUUCGCCUGCCACAUGUGUGACAAAGCUUUCAAGCACAAAUCUCACCUCAAGGACCACGAGAGGAGGCAUCGAGGGGAGAAGCCUUUCGUCUGCAGCUCCUGCACCAAGGCUUUUGCCAAGGCUUCAGAUCUGAAGAGGCAUGAGAACAAUAUGCACAGUGAGAGGAAGCAGGUGACCACUGCCAACUCCAUCCAGAGCGAGACGGAACAGUUGCAGGCAGCAGCGAUGGCUGCAGAGGCAGAGCAGCAGCUGGAAACCAUAGCUUGCAGUUAA